AUGGUUGUUUUCUCCUGUGUUAAAGCAAUGGUUGCGCUUUUCCUAGCCUUUCUAAUCUCUGUGCCUUCCGUUGUUGCCUAUGCUGGCAACUUGUACCAAGAUGUUGAUGUCACCUGGGGAGAUGGCAGAGGUAAGAUUCUGAACAAUGGUCAGCUUCUUACUCUGUCCCUUGACAGGGCCUCUGGCUCUGGCUUUCAGUCCAAGAACCAGUAUCUCUAUGGGAAGAUUGACAUGCAAAUCAAACUUGUCCCAGGAAAUUCCGCCGGCACAGUCACCGCUUAUUACUUACGUUCGGAAGGGUCAUCUUGGGAUGAGAUAGACUUUGAGUUCCUGGGAAAUCUGAGUGGCUAUCCUUACAUAGUUCAUACUAAUGUGUACACGCAAGGCAACGGUAGCAGAGAGCAGCAAUUCUAUCUCUGGUUUGACCCAACUGCAGAUUUUCAUACCUAUUCCUUUCUCUGGAAUCCUGCGCAUGUUGUAUUCUAUGUUGAUGGUAGACCAAUCAGGGAGUUCAAAAACUUGGAGGGUGCGGGUGUUGAAUACCCAAAGAAGCAACCUAUGAGGUUAUAUUCAAGUCUAUGGAACGCUGAUGAUUGGGCAACAAGAGGAGGGCUUGUGAAGACAGAUUGGAGCCAAGCCCCAUUCACAGCAUCAUUCAGGGACCUGAGAGUGAAUGGAUGCGUUUGGUCCAAUGGGCCUUCUUCAUGCAACUCCAAUUCUUCUGAUAAAACUUGGCUCUCCCAACAGCUUGAUGCCACAAACCAGAAAAUGCUAAAAUGGGUGCAGAAGAAUUACAUGAUUUACAAUUACUGCACUGACACAAAACGAUUCCCUCAGGGGCUCCUUCUGGAAUGCACAGUUCGCACCAAGUCAUCCUAA